AUGCUCUCGGCGCCCAGCCCGGCCCGGAACACUGCACGCCGGGUCCUCGCACGCGCCUUGGAAACUUGCGACGCUCCCUGGCUCCUGGCCCGGCGGGCGCGCCGCGCACCUCAGGCUCCCGGUCCCCGCUGGAGCCGCCUAGGUCGCCUCGGCAAAUUCCCAAGCCCGAGGAGAAGCGGGCAGGGCAGGUCCGGGAGCUCGGAAUCAGCGGGCGGGAAAGGGGGCCGGCCGGAGCUACCCCCCGCGGGGUCCCGCAGCCUUGGCGCCCAGAGCCUGGGGCCCGGCUCCCGAGAGCGAGCGCAACUCCGGAGCCUUUGUCUGGCUCAGCGCUCCGGCCGCCCGGUCCCGCGGCGCCCCCUGCGCGCCCAGCUCCCUCUGUCCAUGCCCGGGGCCGGGCGCUGCCCGGAGCGCGUGCCUCCUGCCCGGGGAUUCUGCUCGCCGCCGCGCCCGACCGGGCCCGGGUCCCCACGCAGUCCCGGGAGGAGGCGCAGGGAGCCCACCCGAGAGAGCGAGCGAGCGAACCAGCCAGCCAGCCAAGGAGCGGGCGCCCGACGUCCCCGGCGAGUUCAGCACGGCUCCGGGCGCUCCCAGCCCUCCUCCCCGCGCGCCGCGGCCGCCGCGCUCUUAAAGGGCCAGCGUGCUCCCAGUGCGCGGACCCGGGCGGGGACCGGGGGCGGUGCCCCAGCCAGCGGCUUCUCACGAGCAGGUGCGGGCGGCCUAGGCCCGGCAGGGGCCCCUCAGGCGAUGCACCCACCCAACACACCAUCAAAGGUGAAGCAGGCCUUGGGACUCUUGGUGCCAAGACAAGGAAUAAACAAACAAGCCAAGCGGACUAGCCAUCCCCACCCUGUUUACCUUUCAGGGGGGAUACUGGGAGGAAGACACGAGAAGGUUCCAGGAAGCGCUCAGUGUCACAGCAGUAUAAGAAAUCCAGAAGACACCUGAAGAGGACUGACUGACUCCUUGCCACGCGGAAGGUUUGAUGAAAAAGUUAAAAUCCCAUG